UGUCAGCACUGAAUAUUUACUCCCCAGCAACUUCCUGCAACUCACCAAAACGAAUAGAGAGAGAGAGAGAGAGAGAUGGAGGGAAUAGAGCACAGAUCAGUAAGUGUGAAUGGCAUUAACAUGCACGUUGCAGAACUGGGGCGAGGCCCAGUGGUCCUCUUCCUCCACGGCUUUCCUGAACUCUGGUACACAUGGCGCCACCAAAUGGUCUACAUGGCGGCGCAAGGCUACCGAGCGGUGGCUCCGGACCUCCGAGGUUACGGCGACACCACAGGUGCACCCACCAACGACGCCACCAAGUUCACCACACUCCACGUGGUGGGUGACAUCGUUGCGCUCAUCGACGCUGCAGCCCCGGACCAGGACAAGGUGUUCGUGGUGGCUCAUGACUGGGGUGCACUCAUAGCUUGGGCUCUGGUUCUGUACAGACCUGACAAAGUCAAAGGUUUGGUGAACAUGAGCGUUGUGUUCACUCCCAGAAGUCCCCAGAGAAAACCCAUUGAAACACUGCGAGCUGUCUAUGGCGAUGACUACUAUAUUUCCAGAUUCCAGGAACCUGGAGAAAUAGAAGCUGAGUUUGCCCAAAUGGGGACUAAAAGGGUUCUGAAGAAUUUCUUAACAUACCGAAGCCCUGGUCCACUUUAUUUACCAAAGGGUAAAGGAUUCGGAGAUUCACCUGAUACUCCAAUUGUUUUACCACCUUGGUUGUCAGAGGAAGAUGUUGAUUAUUACACAAGCAAAUAUGAGCAAAGUGGCUUCACUGGAGGAUUGAAUUACUACCGGGCCUUGAACUUAAACUGGGAACUCACUGCAGCAUGGACUGGAGCCCAAGUAAAAGUACCAGUUAAGUUUAUUGUUGGCGACCUCGACCUCACCUAUAAUGCCCCUGGCACCAAGGACUAUAUACACAAGGUUGGGUUCAAGAGAGAUGUGCCUUUUCUGCAGGAAGUGGUUGUAAUGGAAGGCGUAGCUCAUUUUAUCCAAGAAGAAAAGCCUGAUGAGGUCAACAAACACAUUUUCGACUUCAUCCGGAAGUUCUCUAACACUUCAUGCUGUAUGUCAUAAAGUUUAUUAGUCAUAUACCUCUGUCUAAUGUGUGUUGGAAACUUUUAUGCUAAAACAAUAUCUGUUGUGUCCUGGGAUGAAAGCAUGUGAGAUGUGGUAUGAAUUACAGUAUUGUGCAGUGCACUAGUAAAGACAUAUACUCAUGUACACAAACAAUAAUACUACGUUUCCUUAUUUUCGGAGACUUAAUUUGAGUAUCUAAUGCAU